AUGCUUGUCGUUUGGACUUCCAGGACGCAGAAAUGCGUCGCUCAGUCGACUUCGGAAGCAGAGUACCUAGCGAUGGGUGAUGGUGUAAAGGAGGCUCUGUUUGUAGACGGAAUGCUUCAGCUCUUGAGGCUUAGUGAGAAGUCUCGUGAGAAUAAGGUACUAGAGGACAACGAGGGAGCGAUUGCGCUUGCUGAUAAUCCGCUUAGCUCGGGGAGAAGUAAGCACAUCGACGUAAGGCACCACUUUCUUCGGAGCUUGACUGAGGAGGGUAGGAUCAAGAUCUCGCAUGUUAGCAGUAAGGAGCAACAUGCAGCCAUUCUCACGAAAGCUUUGCCGCGAGAGCUUUUCGAAGUUCACCGUAACUUUGUGCUUGGCUUGAGCGAGAAGUAGAAGUCGGAGGUCGUUGUUAUUCGUCAAAGAAUUGUUGGUCUGAAGGAUACAGCAGCCCCUAGGGAGGGUGUUCGUGGUAGCGGCAGGUGUAUCGACUCAAUGGCGGGGUAUAUCUGAUUGGAAGACUUGACUAGCGGGACUGUCGUUGGAAGGUUACUCCGGUUCUGCAGGCUCCGCUGUGGAACAUUCGUGUAAGUAUCUGUCGGGCAAUCUGUUGGUGGUUUGUGUUUUCCUCCGAUGUAUUUGUGGCUCGUAGGAAGAGUACAACUACCCGUGAUCGGGGAAUCGGGAUAGUGUGAUGUGAUUCGUGAUCGAGUUGUC